UGCAAUUGGAGGAAAAAUAGGAUUCAUUUUCAUGACUUCAUGUUGACCGUACACAGUCGCUUGCAGAGGCAUAAAGGUGUUUCUGAUCCCCUUGAAGUUGUUGCUGGAGAAAUAUCUCAUGAAUCCAUUUUAUUAUGCUUAGAUGAGUUUAUGGUUAAUGAUGUGGCUGAUGCUUUAAUACUAAACCGAUUAUUUGGUCAUCUUUUUAGUAAUGGUGCUAUACUUGUUGCUACAUCAAACCGAGCUCCAGAUAAUCUUUAUGAAGGUGGACUACAAAGAGAUCUUUUUCUACCCUUCAUUGCCACAUUAAAGGAAAGAUGCAUUAUACAUGAAAUCGGUUCUUCCAUAGAUUAUAGGAAGAGGACAUCGGCUGAAGAAGGUUUUUACUUCAUAAAAAAUGAUGACUCAUCCGAUUUCCUUCUCCAAAAGUUUCAAGAAUUAGUUGGGGAACGUACAGCUCGUCCCCAGGUGGCAGAAGUUGUUAUGGGCAGAAAACUACAGGUACCAUUGGGUGCAAAUGGAUGUGCAUAUUUUCCUUUUGAGGAAUUAUGUAACAAACCACUUGGUGCUGCUGACUAUUUUGGAUUAUGUAAAAAGUUUCAUACAUUGGCUUUGGAUGGUGUGCCAAUUUUUGGGCUACACAAUAGGACUGCAGCCCAUCGGUUUGUCACUCUAGUUGAUGUGAUGUAUGAGAAUAAGGCGAGGCUGAUGUGUACAGCUGAGGGGACUCCUUUUGAUCUUUUUGAAAGGAUUGUGACUAUUUCAGAUGCCCAAAGUAGGGCACCUAGAACCUCAUCAAGGUCAAGGAAAAAUGACGAUUCUGACCUUUGUGUUGAUAAUGAACUCGGGUUUGUAAAAGAUCGCACUAUUAGUAGGUUGACAGAAAUGAACAGCAGUGAGUAUCUGGAGCAACAUGCAGAAAUGAUAGCAGAAAAACAAAAGGAUGAAGACAACAUUAAUAAUAAUAAUAAUAAUAAUAAUGUUGUUCAUGCUCAUGCUCAUGUAGUACAAAGUCGAUAGCAGCAGAAUCAUUCAUUUUCAUCAACAAUUCUUUUUUCUUUUUUUUCAUAAUUUAUGGGGGAAUAAAAUUGAUGGAUGGGAGCAACACUGAAAAGGUGAAAUUGCGAUGCUUUUGGUGUAAUAAUUAAUAUAGUUGGAAUUUGUAAGAUAUGACAUUUCUUUUUGUUGUACUUUUGAACUUAACUGUAUUUUUCGUAAAAUGUAGCUUAAUUUAAACCAUCUGACAUUGAGGGCAAUGUGGCAUCUCCUUU